GUCUCUGUUCCCUUUUCAGCAAAGCUGAGACACCACCAUCACUGGUCCCACCCUCAGUUGGAUCUCACUCUCCAAGAAUCCCCCAAGAACAAUGCUGGCAGCUCUGUUGAUCGUCCUUGGCCGCCUCAGCCUCUACAUCCUCACCAGUGUCGGCCUUUACUUCCCCGGUCAGGCCCAGGGUACCUCUCAGUACAUGGACCUGGCUCCAGACACCUUUGACGAUGCCUAUGUGGGCUGCUCAGAGAAGAUGGAGGCGGUGGCAGUCCGUCUGCUAAAGGAGGAGAUGGCCCGCCAUACCAGGCUGCGGGUUGCCUGGGAGAAUGCUGGGAAGUACUGGGAGCAAAAAAGUUCAGAGCUCAGCUUGCCUCCAGGCUUCAAAAGAGAGCAUGGAAUUGCCAUUGUGCUCUACGCAAACUCAUCCAACGCUUUGUACCAGGAGCUGAACGAGGCUGUGCGGACAGGCGGUCGCUCCAGGGAGUCCUACAUGAAAUACUUUCCCUUCAAGGCCCUGCAUUUCUACCUGACCCGGGCCCUGCAGCUGCUGAGGGGCAGUGGGGGCUGCAGCAGGGAACCAGGGCUGGUGGUGUUCCGCGGUGUGAGCGCUGAUCUUGAACCCAGGAGGCUGUGGGACCCUGUCCGCUUAGGCCAGUUUGCCUCCAGUUCCCUGGAUGACGCCGCAGCCCAUAAGUUUGAUACUACCACCUUUUUUAUUAUGAGGACUUGCUUUGGGGCCCUGAUCCAAGACUUUUCUGUCUUUCCUAAGGAGCAUCAGGUGCUGAUUCCCCCUCAAGAAAUCUUUUUGGUCGUUCAAUUCAAUCAGAAUAAAGACCAGAACAGGGUGACUCUCUCCAGCAGUGAUCACAUCUGCAGCCACUUUAACUGCGCCUAUCUGGGUGAGAAGAAGAGGCCGAGCUGUGUGCGUUUGCUAAUUGGAGGGCAGGGAGACUCACUCUCCAGGAGGGACUUCUCUCUGCUCUCCUGGAAGACCCUGCUCUUGGCCUCUUGGGGGUUCCAGCUCUUAGGAGUUGGGCUCUGAAAAUUCAGUGCCUGCUACUUAGGAGUCCUGGCAACAUGUGACCUCCAGAUGAAGAAGGGAGGCUUCAAAGAGCCUGGAGAAGCAAGAAGGUGGUUUCAGACCCAGACCUAGCAGCCAUGUCUCCAACCAGGAUAUUGGGGGAUUUGAGCCCAUGGUAGGGUGGAGGGAGCCCCGCUCUGUGGUGGGGACCACAGGAACAAGCAAGGGUAGUGCUGUGAUGGCCAAUCCAUUAAACAGAGCUGC